AUGGACAACCACACUAUGGCCACAGGGGACCACCUGGGACAAAACGCAGCGGUUUCCGGCCGGCGGGAGCCACAGAGACGAGAACUCCUAGAGCGGUGGAGGAAGAUCCCUUUUACGUACAAGAAAACUGACUUGCAGCUGAACAGCCAGUCCAGUCAGAUCUUCCACCAGCGCUUCAGGCUCUUCCCCUACCAGGAGACGCCUGGACCCCGCGAGGCGCUGCGCCGGCUCCGCGAGCUGGGCCGCCAGUGGCUGAGCCCAGAAACGCACAGCAAGGAGCAGAUCCUGGAGCUGCCGGUGCUGGAGCAGCUCGUGACCGUCCUGCCCGCCGAGCUCCAGGCCUUGCGGGGACAGCACCCGGAGAGCGGGGAGCAGGCGGUGACCGUGCUGGAGGAUCUGGAGCGGUUGCUGGACGAGCCCGGAGAGCAGGGCACAUUCCAAGCAGAUGGACAGGAAGUGCUCCUGGGAGGAAGUGACAUCCCUGGGAGCCGGCUGCCAGUCACCGUGUGAUCAGCCCAGCAUGUGGAGACCACCCCCCCCAGCAUGACCUUGGAGCCCCAUUCCCUAGAGAGAGGUGAGGAGAAAGAGGAGGAUCGUCUGGAAAGGUGGAUCAGGGUAGCCGGGCUCCUGCUUGGCCAAUCACAGCCUUCUUUACAGUUUAAUCAGGAGAUAGUAGCCAAGGAGACUGAUGGCCGUGCCUGAUUUCACCCAGAAUCCUCCCUGGCUCAUCUGCCCUCUCUGUUUGCAAAGUAUAACGGUGUUCUUGACCUUUUAAGCAAAAGAUUUUUAUUUACGUAUUUACUUACUUACUUUAACAUACCCAUCUUUGCUUUCAUUAAAAAGCGUGGAAUUAUCACAUCAUUCAGUGGCUUCUUAUAUUAUCUCUCCAUUAUGAUCUUUACAGAGGCCUCCUCAGUGUCUUGCCCUAUCCUGUCUUUUUAAGUUUUCUCUACCCAUUAGGAUAGAGCCACCUUUUAAACCUUUCACUUUGACUGCACUGCUCCUAUCUUCUUCCACAUUAAAUUCCCUCCUGUUUUCAUGCCCAUACCUUCCCCUGCAUGGUACUCCAGUCUACUUUCAAUCCUUUUUCCCUCCCACAUUCUCUCCAUGUCAGGAAGGACUUCAUACACAGCAUGUCAGAUGUGCUUCCCACUGACAAAGUUUCCUGAUCCCCUUUUUACGUCCUGAUCCCCUUCACAAUCUCCAGAAAAUAGGAAUAAAGGGACCAGAACAGCCAAGAAAUCAGACCCUUUUUCCAGUAUUUCCUUUGAGUGAGGUAGAAUCUUCAUCUUAAUGAGUUUGGUGGGACAUUUAUCUCCCUCGGGCCAAAUUUCAGUAAAACUGUUUUUCCAUAUCUUAGUUAAUAUAAGGGAAUUAUCAGUUUACACUGAAUCUCCAAGGAUAGUGCCCUAUUUGGGGGAAGAUUAAGAGGAAGUUUUCUUCCAAGCAAUAGAAUGAAUACACUUUUGCCUUUCUGCUAUAAUUGAAUUUGAUUGCAGUUUAAAGUGCUCUUAUACACUUAGACUUUUUUCUUAAGUUUAUUUAUGUAUUUUGAGAGAGAGAGAGCAAGCACAAGAUGGGGAGGAAC